AUGCUAAAUAAUGAUGACUUUUAUUAUUCUAGUGAAAUACGCGAUGACAAUACAUCAACCUAAUCUGCUUAUAGUUGUUGCAUAGCCUUCUUGUGUAUGCUUUGUGGUUAUGUGCUUUUGCAAACAAAUUAUUACAUAGAAGGCAAGUCAAAUCCGUAUUACUAUUAAUGCACGAUGACUCUGCCAUUGACUUACUUUUGCGGAGUGGCAUUUUUAAUUGCAGCGGCUGUGAGAUUGGUAUUUUUAGUCGUUUUUUGCUUACAAUCAGAAAAACAACAGCCUCAUUCGAGUCUUUUUCACAAAAAGGUGAAGCAUUCUGAAGUAAUGAUUGCAAUGGCAUUUUUCUUUUUUGGUUCUUUCAUAUUGAUGGUGAAGGAGCAAUGUUAUGAGUUGACUGUUGCUCUACUUUUCGUGUUGAUAUUGACGGCUUUCAUGAUUCUACAGAUAUGUUGCUACGAUAUAGAUGAUGAUGAAGUGAUUUGUGAAGAAAUACUUGAUUAUUGA